UAAAUGAAGCCCGAAUCAAAGCAGUUGUAGCAGACAUUGUCUUUGCAUUCCAAAUGCCAGAAAUUGCUCAUUCACAACAUAACAACAGCGUGGGUAAGGACAACAAGGACAAUAGCUCAUAAUGGUGCAAAUAUCGCAAACGGAGGAGGACAUCAAAAUUUCCAUUGAACUGAAUAGGCUGGUGACCCGAAAGCCGGACGUUGUCCUCCUGCCGCAAUAUUUAAAAUUUAACAACCCACCAAUAUUCUUUGAACGCCAUCUGGCCCAGGAGAUCGAUGAGAUGGCCAGUUUCUGUCGCAUUUUUAAGCAUGAGGCACGCAUUGUUUUAAUUAAAAAGCAACCAGGCAUCUGGCCAGAGAUGUUUCAGAAGCUCAGCAAAGAGGCCUUAAUGCAAAAAAGACUCGAAAUUGCCGACCUUAUUGUGGAGCGCAAUAAGAAGCGAGAUGAGAUGGCGCUGGAGCGUUACGAGAACAAGCGACGAGCUGAAAUUGAAAAGGAAGUCAAGCGUGAGGGUGACAUGAAAGAUCGAGUCAAGAAAUUCCAGGAGAGCUCUUGCCAUGAAGCUCUAAUGGUAGGUGUGCGCAAGGAAACCCAUGUAAAGAAUGUCACAUCACAUGGCAACAACAAUGACAACAAUUCCAACUCCAAUGCCAACUGCAACUCCAACAACAAACAGCAGCCGGCAUCGGACUUUCGACAGCCAACUCCAGUGGUGCGUUAUCAACCACCAAUUGCAAUGUCAGCGGUACGUGGUAAUGGACGCAUCAGUGUGUGCUUCUCCAGUGAGCAUAAACGGGAUACUCCCAAGCGUGAAUCCCAGGAAGGCAUUCAGAUGCCAUUUACCAUACACGACAAAGCCAAUGGCAAUCCAAUCCCUAGAGAAAAGACGCCAAUGGAGACGCUUGAUGAGUGAAUGGUGGAAGACAAUAAAUCCAAUUCUUGGGUGUGUGUGUGUGUGUACAUAACUUAUACAACUUAUUAUAAUAUUAUAAAUAAAUAAACGCAAUUAACAGAAAUUAAGCAUAAAAAAGAGAGGCACAAUUCAA